AUGGUUCUGGCGAAUGAGAACUCGGCUACGAUGGGAGCAUAAAGGGGACCCAAUCAGAGUGCGUGAAUAUGGAGUUUUGGAUUAUGGGGGUUUGUUUUGACUGAGCGAGUUGGUGAAGAAUUGUGCGUCUUCCGAGGAGAUUAUGUGUUUUCUGGUAGCGUUGGUACAGUGUUACGCACGAAAGAAUACUUCUGGUCCAGUAUUGGUAUUUCAAUUCGUAGGGUGGUAAGAUCUCACCUGUUGAAUACUGAAUUCCUAAUGACUCACAUCCGGCAACCUGAUAUAAAUACAACCGUUCUGCAAUAAUCAUCAUACCUAACAUCCCUCGUCGGCCUUGCAUCCUCAAAAUCCAGUUCACUUACAUCAAAAUCAUGGUAGAUCCACCCUUCUCCCUCGAGUCGCAGCGUCUCUACCUCUCAUACUUUAACCCAGCAAACGACACUCACUGCAACUUCAUAGUAGCUCUCCACAACACCCCGAAUUCCUCGCGUCUAACGGCCCUACCUCAGCACAAGAUCUCGAAUCCGGACGGGAAUUACUGAAGAAACGGUUGCCGAGUAAUAAUCCCCAUGGUUAUGGAUACUAUCUUAUUAGGUUGAAACCUCCUGGAAAACUAGACGUUUCACUUGAAGAGUGCAUACCAGUUGGAAAUAUUACCUUACGUACAGUUCUUCCUCGCUUCAUAUAGUGACAACUUGAAUUUCAUGGACUGAUAGCGAGAACAGUAUCGAUGCCCCCACCGCAAGGCUACACAGCGCCCGACCUAGGAUUCGCAAUGCUAUCAGCGUACAUGCGACAAGGCAUCGCUACAGAAGCAGCACGGAUGUUACUAGAGUAUGCGAAGAGGGAGAAGGGUGUGAAAGAUGUACUGGGGAUGACGGACCAAAAGAAUGAGGCGAGUAGAGGUGUGUUUGUGAAGCUUGGGUUUGUGGAUUGUGGGACGCAUGUUUUGAAGGCUUUUGGAGAUGUGGUGGGUCAGGUCUAUGUGAAGAAGGGUAUGAGUGAGGUAGUCGGAGAUUAUGGGAUA